UCGGCUUCGCGCCCCUAGUCUUAUGUCCCUCCUCACCAUCCGUAAAAUAUUUAACCCUCACAUUUUGUCGUAAUAGUUCUUACGUUUACUCUGCGCCGGAAGGAGCGUUAGAGUUCUUUUGCUAGUAUGGCGGCGGUGGAUAUCCGAGAUAAUCUCCUGGGAAUCUCUUGGGUUGACAGCUCUUGGAUCCCCAUUUUGAACAGUGGUAGUGUCCUGGAUUACUUUUCAGAAAGAAGUAAUCCUUUUUAUGACAGGACAUGUAAUAAUGAAGUGGUCAAAAUGCAGAGGCUAACAUUAGAACACCUGAAUCAGAUGGUUGGAGUUGAGUAUAUCCUUUUACAUGCUCAGGAGCCCAUUCUUUUCAUCAUUCGGAAGCAACAGCGGCAGUCCCCUGCUCAAGUUAUCCCACUAGCUGAUUACUAUAUCAUUGCUGGAGUGAUCUAUCAGGCACCAGACUUGGGAUCAGUUAUAAACUCCAGAGUGCUUACUGCAGUGCAUGGCAUCCAGUCAGCUUUUGAUGAAGCUAUGUCAUACUGUCGAUAUCAUCCUUCUAAAGGAUAUUGGUGGCACUUCAAAGAUCAUGAAGAGCAAGAUAAAGUCAAGCCUAAAGCCAAAAGGAAAGAAGAACCAAGCUCUAUUUUUCAGAGACAGCGUGUGGAUGCUUUACUUGUAGAUCUUAGACAGAAAUUUCCACCCAAGUUUGUGCAGCAGUGCAGCUCUGAUGCUCCGACUCUGCCAGGACACAGAUCCAUAAGGUCAGCCCUGCACCCUGAGCAGCUGAGGGGGAAGGAGUCACACAAGCAGUGCCUCACAUUCUGUCCUCUUCUGCUCUGGAUAGAUGGCUCCAUAAUGGUGGCUGUGGAGGAUGGAACAUCCAUGAGAGCCACUCUUCUGCUGCUCUGGCUCGAAGUGUCUCUGUCCCCUUCUAGCCUCUCCCAAGCUGGGCCCACCCAACAUCUCAGUUCCCCAGAAGUGGUGAUCCCCUUGAAGGUGACCAGCAGAGGCAGAGGUGCAAAGACUCCGGGAUGGCUUUCCUACAGCCUGCUAUUUGGGGGCCAGAAACACAUUGUGCACAUUAAGGUCAAGAAACUAUUAGUUUCUGCACAUCUUCCUGUGCUCACCUACACAGAGCAGCAUGCCCUCCUAGAAGAUCACCCCUUCAUCCCAGAUGACUGUUACUAUCAUGGUUAUGUGGAGGGGGCCCCCGAGUCUCUGGUUGUUUUCAGUACCUGUUUUGGGGGUUUUCGGGGAGUGUUACAAAUAAAUGACCUCACUUAUGAAAUUGAACCCAUUAGGCACUCUGCCACAUUUGAACACCUGGUUUAUAGAUUACACAGUAACGAGACACAAUUUUCACCCACGAGCUGUGGUUUAACGGAGAAGGAAAUAGCACGUCAACAACUAGAAUUUGAAGUGAUUGAGAGCUCGGAUUGGAAACAAAAUUCUACUAGGGACUGGUGGACCCACACAUGGUUUCUGGAGCUGGUGGUAGUGAUAGAUCAUGAUUUCUUCGUUUACUCUCAAAGCAACUUGUCAAAGGUGCAAGAGGAUGUAGUUCUUAUUGUCAAUUUAGUGGAUUCCUUAUAUCAGCAGUUGAGCACUUAUGUAAUUUUGGUUGGGAUUGAGAUUUGGAAUCAAAGAAAUGCUUUCCCAAUGGUAAACAUAGAACAGGUUUUAGAAGAUUUUUCUCAGUGGAAACAAGUCAGUCUUUCCCAGCUACAGCAUGAUGCUGCACAUAUUUUCAUUAAAAAUGCACAGAUAAGUAUACUUGGUCUAGCCUAUGUUGCAGGAAUAUGUCGUCCUCCUAUUGAUUGUGGAGUUGAUAAUUUCCAAGAAGACCCCUGGUCUCUUUUUGCUAAUACUGUGGCCCAUGAAUUAGGUCAUACUUUGGGUAUGUAUCAUGAUGAGGAUUUCUGUUUUUGUGGGGAAAAAGGCUGCCUUAUGAGUACUUUCAGAGUACCAGCAGAGAGAUUUACCAAUUGCAGUUAUGUUGAUUUUAUGAAGACCACAUCAAACCAAGGAUCAUGUCUGCACAACCAUCCAAAGCCAGGGGAAAUAUUUUUGCUGAAGCGCUGCGGAAAUGGUGCAGUUGAAAGAGAAGAGGAAUGUGAUUGUGGAUCCGUACGUCAGUGUGAGCAAGAUCCUUGUUGUCUGUUGAACUGCACCCUGAGGCCAGGUGCUGCUUGUGCUUCUGGACUUUGUUGCAAAGACUGCAAAUUCGUACCAUCAGGGGAAAUCUGUAGACAACAGGUCAAUGAAUGUGACCUCCCAGAGUGGUGUAAUGGGUCAUCCCAUCAGUGCCCGGAAGAUGGGUAUGUGCAGGAUGGGAUCCCUUGUAGUGAAAGUGCCUACUGCUAUCAAAAGAGAUGCCAUAACCAUGACCAACAGUGUAAGGAAAUUUUUGGCCAAGGUGCAAAGAGUGCAUCUCAGAAUUGCUACCAAAAAAUCAACUCCCAAGGAAACCAGUUUGGCCACUGUGGUAUAAAUGGCACAGUAUACCUAAAAUGUAACACGUCUGACAUCUUUUGUGGGAGAGUUCAGUGUGAAGAUGUGGAAGACAUUCCCCGUCUCCAAGAUCAUUAUGUUUUGCAGCACACUCGCAUCAAUGGUGUCACCUGCUGGAGUUCUGUCCAUCAUUUAGGGAUGGACAUACCUGACAUUGGGGAAGUAAAAGAUGGCACUGCCUGUGGAACAGGAAAGAUCUGUAUCGACAAAAAGUGUGUUAGUUUGUCUGUCUUGUCACAAGACUGCCUUCCUGAGACCUGCAAUAUGAAGGGGAUCUGUAAUAACAAACAUCACUGCCACUGUGGUUAUGGGUGGUCCCCACCCGAUUGUCUGCACAGAGGCUACGGAGGUAGUGUUGACAGUGGCCCACCCUUAGGAAAAAAAAUAGCUUUAUUACCAGGAAUCGUGAUUUUUUUAUUGUCUGUUUUGAUUUUUCUGUUGACUAUUGGGCUUUAUGGAUAUCCUCGAAUGCAUUCUAGUCCCAAGGAGACCAAAACGCACUCACCAAGUUAAGAAAAAGUUUCCAAUUUGAUAUUCCAUGCAUUAUUAAGUUGUAGUUUCUUGGCCACAGAAAUGUUAACACAUGCCUGAAAGUGAGCACAUUCCUGACAUUUUACCGAAAGAUGCUGGGAUCUCCCCUUCCAUCAGAUUCAGAAGCAUUGUUGUUAAGUAUAGGUAUUCUUACCUACUGUUCAUUAUUUUAAGUAACAAAUAAAACUUUGUCUCUAACCAGUGA